AUGCACAUGAAGUUUGUGAAGAUAUCGGUCAACGAAUUCAUGCAGAAAUUCGUCCCGGCAGCCCCGUCACCAGCGCCUCGGAAGAGUUUUUCUCGAAUACCUGGGGAGGGUGCCCUUGAAAAGAAUAUGCAGGCGGCCUUCGCAAAGAACGUGAAUGAUAAAGGCAUGUGCCCUGGAUACCAGGUGGCCGAAUCAGACAGCAGAUACGACGAGAACGAUUCUACCAAGCAGAAGCCCGACGUGGCUCUCUAUCGCGAGAGUGAACUUCCAGUGGACAACCGGCCGAACUGGAAUAUCCAGCGGCUACAUUUCGAGUUCAAGGGACGCUGUGACCAGGAUGACCCUUUUGAUGACAAGUCGGAGGACUUCGAAUCAGUCGGAGACAAGCGUGAGGAACAUCGAGGCCAAUUCAUACAGUAUGCGGAGAAGCUUUUUGAACGUCAGCAGCGCUGCUUCUGUUUCACUGUUAUGAUGCUUGGCCGCCAGGCGCGUCUGUGUCGAUGGGACAGGUCUGGGGCCGUCGUUACAGAGAAGUUUGACUAUGUCAAGCAAUCUUACCUGCGGGACUUUUUGUGGCGGUUCGCACAUCUAUCUGAUGUGGAUCAAGGCUACGAUCCAACGGCGAUACCAAUUCCAAAGGAUUCUGCUGAAGCCGAUCUCAUGCGCAAGGCAGCGUCGCCCACAGACGAGAACUGUGCUCAUAUCCGGGAGUAUUUCAGGAACUCGCUGGACGAGUCCUGGACGUGGUGGAGGCUGAAGGUUGAUGUUCAUGUGUCGGCAGCAGAUUCUACCGCACACGAAGUGAAGGGUGAGUAUCUCGUUGGGAAGCCCCACUUCCUUUCACAUGGUAUGGCGGGGCGGGGGACGCGCGGUUAUGUUGCCAUCGACUGCUACACCAAGAACUUCGUUUGGCUGAAGGACGCAUGGCGAGUAGAUCAUGCAGGCAUCGAAAAGGAGGGUGACAUCCUUUGGAGACUCAACGACCUCAAAAUCGAGAACGUUCCCACCGUGCUUCAACAUGGUGACAUCCUUCGGCAGCGCACACUCUCGCAGGACUAUUGGAAAGCCCCACAGUCCAACCCAGCGAUGAUGAAGCCACUGAAGUCUCACACUCACUACCGUCUUGUGGAGAAGGAAGUCUGCCGCCCUAUGAGUGAUUUCGACUCAGGCGAGGACCUUGUGCAUCUUGUCUGGGAUUGUGUGCAAGUGCACAAAGACGCGAUGUUGUCUGCCGAUCUCAUACAUCGAGAUAUCAGCAGUGGAAAUUUACUCAUUAACGAACACGAGAUCGAAGAAAAUGGCACAAAGUGUGUUGUACGAGAUGGUAUCCUCAGUGAUUGGGAGCUUUCAAAGCCUCUUCCUGGUAAGGGUUCGGUUGAUGGACCGCGACAGCCUGACCGUACAGGAACUUGGCAGUUUCUGUCGGUGCACGCGCUGAACAACCCAUAUCGGACCAUCACUAUUCAAGAUGAGCUCGAAUCCUUCUUCCAUGUCCUCCUAUAUUUCGGCAUUCGCUAUCUCCGCCACAACUUCGCCAGGGUCGGUGAAUUUAUAUAUUCAUAUUUCGACGACGGUAUACCCACUGGCGAUGAAUGGAUCUGCGGAAGCGAGAAGAAAGCUGUGAUUAAAGGUGGGGUCAUCGCUCAGGGAGAAGAUGAUCUCAAGUUUGGAUUUAGCGACGACAAGGGCGACCCUGGAAGACAUCCGCUCACCGACAUUAUAAUGGAUGUCCUCUCGUGGUUCAAUUCAUACUAUCAUUUAACAUCCACGUUUUAUCCCAACGUCGGUGGUUCUCGAGCAGGCGCUGGUAUAAUGCAGGCGUCUCCGCGUACCACGAAAGUUAGCAAGUCUCGGAGAUGUGCUCGGAGGGAUGCGCGCAGAGUCAACAAGGAAGUAACUCGCAAAGGUCGGGACCCCGAGGAGGAUAAAAGAUUGGCGAAAUAUCUAGAGUCACACGACGAGAUGUGCCUCAUUUUGUCGGACGCCUUAGACAAUGAGUCCUAG